AUGACUAUUUUUGGAGAAAGUAAAAGUAAACAUGGUAACCUGCAUGGGUUUGGUGCUGAGCAAGUCAUAUUAGUUCGUGAUGAUGCUACCAAAAAACAAAUUAUUGAUCUUGUUGGUAAACAAGCUCUUGUUUUGACUAUUGUUGAAUGUAAGGGUCUUGAGUUUCAGGAUGUGCUGUUGUACAACUUCUUUGGUUCGUCGCCCUUAAGAAACAAAUGGAGAGUUCUCUACGGCUACAUGGAAGAUAAAGAUAUUAUAGCACACUCUGAGCAGAUCUCUCAUCCAGGUUUCGACAGAAGCAAGCAUUAUCUUCUCUGUUCAGAGCUGAAGCAACUCUAUGUUGCAAUCACACGCACUAGGCAAAGACUCUGGAUAUGUGAAAAUACAGAUGAUUACUGUCGACCAAUGUUUGACUACUGGAAGAAGUUGUGUAUUGUAGAAGUUAGAUCACUUGAUUCUACCCUCAUUCAGGCAAUGCAGACAGGGAGCAGCAGUGAUGAUUGGAGGCUACGGGGAACCAAGUUAUUCAAUGAGGGGCAAUUCGAAAUGGCUACUAUGUGUUUCGAAAAGGCCGGUGAUGCACACAGAGAGAAGUGGGCAAGAGCUGCUGGACUUGUAGCGACCGCUGACCGUGUCAUCUCAAAAAAUUUGGAGUUGGGCAAGGCUUCAUUGGAAACAGCAUCAGAGAUUUACGAGUCCAUAGGCAUGCAUGAGAAAGCUGCUACUUGCUAUAUCAAAUUAGGUGACUACAAAAAAGCAGAUAUGGUCUAUACGCAAAAAUGUGGUAUUUCUAGACUUGAGGAAGCUGGUGACUGUUUUGCUAGGGCUGAAUGCUGGUCAGAGGCAGCUGAAAUGUUUUUGAAAGCUAAAUGUUACGCCAAGUGUUUCUCCAUGUGCUCGAAAGGAAAACAAUUAUACAAUCUGGGCUUGCAGUUUCUGCAACAGUUAGAGGAACAUUCACUUGAGAAUUCAAAAUCCUUGGAGGUUUCUGCAAUUAGAACGAAGUAUCUGGAUAAUUGCGCUCAACAUUAUUUUGAGCGUGGUGACAUAAAGCAUAUGAUGCCCUUUGUUAAAGCUUUCAGCUCUAUGGAUCACGUACGGACGUUCCUAAAUUCUAGAAAUCUUGUUGACGAACUGUUGAGUUUAGAGAUGGAAAUGGGUAAUUUCCUAGAAGCUGCAGGAAUAGCAAAGCAUAAAGGAGAUGUCUUACUGGAGGUAGACAUACUCGAGAAGGCAGAUUUGUUUGAGGAUGCAACACGGCUUCUCCUCCUCCAUAUCAUUGUGGGUUCCUUGUGGUCUUCAAAUAGUAGAGGGUGGCCUCCCAAAAGAUAUGCAGAGAAGGCACAGUUUCUUGCAAAAGCCAAAGAGUUGGCAAAAAAGGUCUCUGAGUGCUUCUAUUGCUUUGUUUGCGUGGAAGCUGAUGCACUGUCAGAUGUGAAUAAGUCUCUUUCCAGUUUGAAUUGCACUUUGCUUGAGGGCAGAAAAUGUGCAAACUUGUUAGUUGAACUUGUUGCUUCCCAUUCGAUCCUUGAUGUUCAUCUGCAGUCUCGAGCCUCUGGAUACAAGAUAGAAUUAGGGCCAGGAUCUGAAGAUGAAAAUAGCUGUAAUGAUAUGCUGGCCUCUAACCAGAUGUCACCCCAAACUCUGUUUUAUGCCUGGAAUCACUGGAAGUCGAUCAUAAUCAAAGUACUAUCUCAUCUUUGCCACACCGAUGAUCCAGAAUUAAAUGGCUAUGCAGUUGUGUAUGAAGAUCUUUUUGCCAAGUACUUCGGAUUGAGAAAAGAUGGUGAAGGUGACAGAUAUGUGGUGCUGAACAUGAAUGCAAGUUGGCUUUCCAACGCUGGCAGGAAUUCUUUGCAGCAAGACGGCAACAGAUGUUUAUUGGGUGCCUCCGAGUGUCAUUCAUGUGCUCAGUGUUUCUGGAUGAAUGAGCUGUCUUCUGUUGGUUUCAGUGUACUUAAGAAGUUGGAGUCAAUUGUUCAAAUUUCUCCAAAGCCGGCAUCUUGGUAUACCCUGGUGAGAACUGUCCUUAUCAUACAUGAGAUAGCAAAGUUUUUGGAAGAACCACAGUUCAGCAUGCCAAAAGGUUCCAUGAAGUUAAGAAGCUUUUUUGUUCUCUGUGGGCGUCGAUUCUUUGAGCUAGUUUUUCUUGUGUGGAGAGAUGGGACAAAGGGGAGCCUCUCGCAUGUACUUGACUCACCAGCUGCAUAUGGAUUGAUUGCUGAUUCUCUUAGUGCAAAUCUUCGCCCAGCAAAUAAAAAAUUGACUUAUGGGCAUCUUGGGAGAACAACCAUGCUUCUGCUUCAUGCAGCACAAUUGGAUGAAGCGCUGCUUUCAAGACUAUUACAGUACCUGGGCAAUAAUUCUGAGUGGGCAGGGUUUUUCCGAUAUUUCAAGAGAUUUCUUGACAGUGGUCGUGAUAGAUCCUCCUUGAUCUUCAACUUUAAGCUUGCUCUUGAGUUUACCUUAAGUGUAAAGUGGAAGGAUGAACUAGACUACAUAUCCCCAGGAUGCUAUGUGGGUCUUAUGGAGUGCCUUGGUUUCUUGGCUUCAUCAUGCUUAUUAGUACAGAAUGAUUUUAUGUGCUGCACGAAAUCUCUGUUGGUCAAUAUGCUGGAGUGCCGUACCAGCAAGGCUUUCAUUGACACCUGCCAGGUAUCUAAGUCAAGCCCAGAUUCUGAUCUUCAUGGUUUGGCACACUUAUCAGGCCGUUUCAUAUACGAGACAAUUAUUACUAUCUUGACGACCAAGCAUAUGCUCCAGGAAUGGGUACAUAAGACUUCAUGUCCUUCCAGUACUUCAUACAGAGCAGUCCUCCUGAGAUUAGUUGUUACACUUUAUCCUCUGAUCCUUACUCUUUCUCUGGGGAAGUGCUAUGAGGUCACACGUAACCUUGUGAGGAAUGAAGUCUUCAAGGAUUUACCUUUGGAGUUCUCUAAGAAGAUUCAAGAUGCUUUGAAAAUGAGGUCUCACACACCGAGCAACUUCAUAAGAGUGCUUGCUGAUGCACUUGCCUCAAUCGGAGAUCAUAUGGUAGUUAUUGGCUCACCCAAAAUCCCAGUAAUAUGUCGAAACUUGAAUGCCUAUAUGAUAAGCAAGGAGGAUUUGCAUGAUGUUCCGAAGAUAAUGGCUCUUCUGCGUCUUGAAGAACCAAGUUGUGUGAAGCAAGAGACUCCAUUGCCAGAAAAAUCUGAUGGCAGCAAGCGUCCUGAAGAACCAAGUUCUGUAAAGCAAGAGACUCCAUUGCCAGAAAAUUCUAAUGGUAGCAAGUUCAAAAAUGUUAUUUCUGGAAACAUUCCUGUGAAUGUAGAGUUAGUAAAGAUAGGAAUCAGUUCGAAAAAGAAAAAAUCAACUGAUGUCCUUGUGCCUGUAGAGGUAUUAAAGGUAGAGGGUUCGAGAAAGACAGAUUCAACUGGUAUCUUUGACACUCUCUGGAAGAAGCUUGAUACUUUUCUACGCGAUGAGGAAGGCCAGAAAGAUGCAAGGGUUGUCAUUCAAUUUCUUAGAGAUGCCCUUCCAUGGCUGGAAACAGGCGUUCUAGCAUUGGUUGAUAAAGAGCUUGAUGAACACUAUCUGGAAGAGAUCAAGCACAUCUGCAGUGAGUUCGAAAAACUUCCUGAUAGGACGGACAAAAAAGCUGUGGAUGAUCUAUACUCGAAGUGGGAAGGUGCUGGGAAGACACUGCAGCAGGUCAUCCGCCUUGUGAUUGGUUCAGGGUCAUGCACGGAUGGUUGUUGCCAAUGCCAGGAUGAGAGGCGCGAGGGGAAAGACCCCAGGCUCUGCCUCCUGAAGUUGCCCACAGACUGCGUAUUCAAAGCUUGCCCAGAUGACGAGCGGGCUGGCACGGGAGAAGCUGCCUCGACUUCAACAAAGGCGGCGGCGCAGAAGCAGAAGAGCAAGAAGAAAUCCAAGAGGACGAAGAAGCCCGACAAGGGGCGUGGCAAGAAGUGA